AUGAGUUCAGAGACCAAUGAUCCGAUAUAUCUCGUGGCAUUGAGUCCGGAUGGUAAUAAUGUUGUUGUCCUUAACUCAGAAAAUCUGGAAUUAAGAGUCUAUCGCACGGAUGACCUUACGAAAAUGAAGAAAAUCUCAUAUUUGGGUCUCAACAUCGUCAAGAAUGAGAGUUCCCGUCUUACAUGGUCACUCGCCAUUUCCAACUCCAUAAAUCUCGGUUCCCAUUCGGACUCAUUGAUCGCCAUCUCGUGUUUCAACGAGAACGACAAUCUGCUUUCCCAAAAAGUUCCGCGUCGCGGCGCAAGGAGAAAAUCGCGAGAUCACCUGACCUUCGAUACGAGGGAAGAAUCAUCGGAACAUCUGAACCUCUUGGAAGAGGGCAGCAGUCGUUCCGGAUUCAGACCUCACACAUGGAUAAUAUCGACGUGGUUUCAGAAUCGAUUAACGACCUCUUUGGAUAACAUGGGAGGAGUGAUCAGAUUUCUCACCACCACUGGAAAUCACACCACGUUCGUGAUAGUGCACUCGAUGGGCAUCACCACAACCGAAAUCGAUCACAACUACGAAAGGGCAGAUCUUUCUUUCAAUCCGAAGAGCUCGAUAUCACCCACCGAUGACUACUUUUUUCCUGCAAUAUUAACUGAUCAAAUUACUACCGACGAAGUAAACUUCCAAUUACAUUUAUUUCAUCGGAGCGUUGAGAAGAAUUAUUUCUUGGUCGAGGACUAUGGUUCUGAAGUGUUGGAGAUGUAUAACUUGACGGACGGCGAGCUGUUCAAGAUUUUUUACACGAAGGUGGGAAAAAAUGAGGUGGUCAACGGAACUUCGAUAUUUGAGGUAUCAAAGAACGACGUGUUCUUGGCUUAUUGCCGUGGUACGAACAGUGUUUCCAUUUACUUGAUGGAAAAUACUUUGGAGGUUGCCACCAAGAUUUUCGAGGAUAUGUAUCGAAUCAACUCCAUCGACUUCAUAAGUGAUGAUGAGAAGUUGUUGCUGGUAGGCGAGGAGGAGAAAGUCGGUGAAGACUCGACCACAGAGUUGAUCACGGUGAUUUUGGUUUGGGAUUUAUUUAGUGAAUCCGAAAACUCCAUAAGGAAAAUCGAGGACAUCCAACGUGUGAUCCCAGCGAAACCACAUGAACAUUAUCACAAAUUUGCAAGCGCCAGCGGGAAAAUUGUUUACGUCAACGAGGAUGAUGGAAGUGUGUGUUCUGUGUUUGAUCACCCCGGGCUUACGACAGUGCUAAAUGCACCACCACCGACUCCUAUUGUAGAUCUCGUUAACUUGAACAUGCAAGCUUUUCAUAGUGGACGUGGUUCGGAUAUGUACCACUAUCUGUACAGAUUGGACGGGCAAUUAGUCGACGCUAAGAAAGAACCCAAGUCCACACUGAUUGUAAGCAACCCUGAACCGUGGGUACGAUUUAAAAAGUAUCCACGCGUAUCGGCGUAUCUAAACGAGGAGAAAACUCAACAAGUGAUCAUCGGAUACACGACAGUCCAAGUGUGGCGACGUAAGGGAAAACCAAAACCUCGAGAAAUUCUUCAAUAUAUUUGGUCCAGUCCGGAGGGCAAAAAUUUUCAAAUUAUAAAUUUUUCAACUGGCUCGGGAAGAUUCUUCUUGGAAGUUUCGGUCGGACCUGAGGGAGAUCACUACCAAAUUCGCUGGCCGCAUUCUUACUUCUUGUUGGUUGACGCGUGCAAAGCUUUGGGACACCUCUACGGUCGGUGCAGCGAUCAAUUAUCACCAAAGAAACAAUAUAUCUUUGAUAGGCUGAAUCAGCAAAUAGCAAGAAUCAUCAAAAAGUUCAUCAAGAAGAGCCCAGAAAUUUGGAGGUUGAUCGAAGUGCGAUAUGAGAUCAUGGAGAGUUUGAUACGAGGAAACUGCGUCUCACUGAUCAGGUUGAUAUUGUUCGAGGAGGACAAGAAAAAGAACAAGACACGGACCAGUAAACAAUUGCAUUUUCCGAGGUUAUACGCGUGGCCCAGAACACAGAAGAAGAGCGAUUUGGAGGUUGCGAUUGAGUGUGCGGGAAACCGUUGGAAGGACACAAUCAUUGUAGGCUACCUCUUGAACUAUUACGCCGACAACGCGAUGAAAAAUGCAGGAUGGAUGUUUAGCGUCUCUCAGGCUCUCCCGAGCCUUUAUGACCAUCAUUUAGGUAUCUAUCUGUGUGCACAUGCUGUGUACAUCGCAUCGUUGCACCCAAGUCUUUAA